UCCCCCCUUCCCAAAUCCCCGCGCGCGCAGGCGUGGGGGCUUCCGGCCCGGAGGCUUCCGGUGCGGUGUAGCUCGGGGUCGGUGAGGCGGGGCCGGUAAGGGCGGCGGGAUCGUGCCAUGGCGGUGAACUACAGCGCCAAGGAGGAGGCGGAUGGGCACCCCUCGGGCGGGAUCGGGGUGCCAGGCGGCGGCGCGGUUGGCGGUGGUGGCGGCAGUGGGGGCGCCGUGAAGACCCGCAAGCCGGAUAACACGGCGUUCAAGCAGCAGCGGCUGCCGGCCUGGCAGCCCAUCCUGACGGCGGGCACGGUGCUGCCGGCCUUCUUCAUCAUCGGCCUCAUCUUCAUCCCCAUCGGCAUCGGCAUCUUCGUCACCUCCAACAACAUCCGGGAGUACGAGAUUGACUACACAGGAACAGAGCCUUCUAGUCCUUGCCACAAGUGCUUAAAUGUGUCCUGGGACAUCACACCCCCUUGUACUUGCACCAUCGAUUUCACACUGGAACAUUCAUUUGAGAGCAAUGUAUUCAUGUAUUAUGGACUUUCCAACUUCUAUCAAAACCAUCGUCGUUAUGUGAAAUCUCGAGAUGACAGCCAGCUAAAUGGAGAUAACAGUUCACUACUUAAUCCAAGUAAGGAAUGUGAGCCUUAUCGCACGAAUGAGGACAAACCCAUUGCUCCUUGUGGAGCUAUUGCCAACAGUAUGUUUAAUGAUACAUUGGAAUUAUAUCGCAUUGAUAAUGACACAAGGAUCCCUAUUACUUUGAUUAAAAAAGGCAUUGCGUGGUGGACAGAUAAAAAUGUAAAGUUCAGGAAUCCUACAGGAGAUGGAAAUAACUUAACUGCACUUUUCCAAGGCACAACAAAACCUGUAAACUGGCCCAAGCCAGUGUAUAUGCUGGACUCGGAGCCUGACAACAACGGCUUUAUCAAUGAAGAUUUCAUUGUGUGGAUGCGUACUGCUGCUUUGCCAACGUUUCGCAAGCUGUAUCGUCUCAUCGAAAGGAAGAAUAAUUUACACCCUACCUUACAGGCUGGAAAAUAUUCUUUGGUUAUCACAUACAAUUAUCCCGUACACAGUUUUGAUGGAAGAAAAAGAAUGAUCCUAAGCACCAUCUCGUGGAUGGGAGGCAAAAAUCCCUUUCUUGGAAUCGCUUACAUUACUGUUGGGUCCAUAUGCUUUUUCUUGGGAGUAGUACUGCUGAUCAUCCAUCACAAAUAUGGAAAUCGAAACACUAGUGCAGACAUUCCAAAUUAGUCUUGUAUUCUGAAACCAAAUGUACUGCAUGUGCAUCAAGGCCAGUCCAGAACGGACCCAGUUUUUGAAAGAUAAAUCUCUGCUUCUGUCACUUCUGCAACUGGGUACAUAAUUUUAAUCUAAAGCUCCCCUUCCCCGUACUGUGGAUCAACUCUUGAAAGUGACGGGUAUACAAUUAGCUCUAUUGAUUGUAUCUCUGCCGAUAUCAGAAACAAUGUUCUGAUAUUUGCCUCUAACUGGGCAGGCCACGCGAUGCAUAUAGCUCCUGUUCCCUUGAUGCAUCUGCUGCUUCUUCCUGUGCUGUGUAAUAUCAGUAUGAUUCAGUACAUACAGAUUGUGUGGGGAAAGACUGUUAUAAGAUACUGUAAAUUGUUAACUUUCUGGAAUUCAGGUGUCAGUGCUGUUGAAAGGAAAAGUCAAGUCUUAAAUGCUUUUUUCAAUUUACUGUCUUGUGUGCAUGGGCUUUUACAUUUUUUGCUGAGAUUUUAAUAUAUUUAUAUAAGUUGUUAAAUAUUUUUCCUGUGUCCUGCCCACGUCUUUUAUGUUAAAUCCUUAAGUGCUGUGUAAAUUUCAGCACUUGUUACAUUCGUUGUAUAUUUACAAUCUAUGUGCCUGGCCAGUAAACUAGUACCCUAUGAAGAUAUCAGAAAACCUAUGUGUUAGUUAUCUGUGUGAGUCCCUUUUAAAGUUUGUUCUAAAUUGGGAAAUGUUUGUUUUGGGUAGAAUCUGCUUUUUUCAAAUUUUCGUUGCUUUAAGUCAUGCCCAGUACUACUUUACCUAUUGUGCUUGCUAAUUUUGCUUUCUGUGAGCAGCUCCAAGCGUUAAUUCAGAACCUAAAGCGUUUUUUUCCAUUCACAGUUUUGGGUGAAUUCCUUUUACUGGAGGAAUUUCCUAAUUUUAUUGGGGCAUGUGUAUGCUGAGCAGGCUUUCUUGUAAAGGAAUUGUGAUACACUUUUUUCUUAUUUGGAGUGAACCCCACAUUAACUUUUUGCGGUGUUAAAGACAGUAAACUAUAGAAAUUGAAAUGUUUUUUUCACUGAAAUGCAGGUUGGGCUUGCUGUGAAACCUAAUUUAAGUAUUGCAGUUCGAAGCAAUGUGCAGGUCAAGGUCUUAAAGUACAAAGGGGUUCACUUUAGGUUCAUUAAAAUUUAACUGUAACCUGUAAAAUAUUAUUUUUGGUGACUUUUUUUUGGAUGAUGCACAGAAAUUGUCAUGUAUAUGGUGGAGAUCUCUUUAUAUGCGAUUAGUUGAGAAAGCAUUGAGUAUAUUAAAGACCUAAUAAAUUCUGCAAACCAUUUAAUAA